AUGACUAGACCUCUGCGGCGGCCAGCUCUGCUGGGACAGCUCCUCCUGCUGUGGCUGCUGCUCCCGCCGCCUGUGCCCAGAGGCGAGGCUAGGAGGUCCAGGGCCUUGCUGCCCUGUCCCGCGGCCUGCGAGCCCACGCGCUGCCCCUCGCUGCCCACCUGCUCGGCGGAGUUGACGCCGGUGCUCGAUCGCUGCCGGGGCUGCCGCGUCUGCGCGGCGGCCGAGGGCGAGGCCUGCGGCGGGGCGCUGGCCUGGUGGUGCGCCCCGGGGCUGCAGUGCCGCGCGCCGCUCAGCGCUCCGCGCCUCGGCGGCGCCUGGGUCGCCACGUGCGGCUGCCCCGCGGCGGGGGCGGCGGUGUGCGGCCGCGACGGGCGCACCUAUGCCAGCCUGUGUGCCGCGCGCCUCCGACGCGCGCUCCCGGCCGUGCCGGUGCUGAAGGGCGGCUGCGCGGGUGGAGGGACCAGGAGUGUAGGCCGGCUCCGGAGCAAGUACAACUUCAUCGCGGAGGUGGUGGAGAAGGUGGCGCCAUCUGUGGUUCACUUGCAGCUGUUCCGCAGGUCACCUCUUAGCAACAAGAAUAUUCCUGCAUCCAGUGGCUCUGGGUUCAUAGUGUCUGAGGAUGGGCUCAUUGUUACCAAUGCCCAUGUCCUCACCAACCAGCAGCGGAUCCAGGUGGAGCUCCAGAGUGGCGUCCAGUAUGAAGCCACUGUCCAGGACAUUGACCAUAAAUUGGAUCUUGCACCGAUUAAGAUCGAGCCAAAUACUGACCUUCCUGUAUUGCUGCUGGGAAGGUCCUCUGACCUGCGGGCUGGAGAGUUCGUGGUGGCCUUGGGCAGCCUGUUUUCUCUGCAGAACACAAUGACUGCAGGGAUUGUCAGCACUGCACAGCGAGGGGGCAGAGCGCUGGGGCCGAAGAAUUCAGACAUGGACUAUAUCCAGACGGAUGCCAUAAUUAAUCACGGCAACUCUGGGGGCCCUCUGGUGAACUUGGAUGGUGACGUGAUUGGCAUAAAUACAUUGAAGGUGACCGCGGGAAUCUCCUUUGCAAUUCCCUCAGAUCGAAUUCGACAGUUCUUGGCAGAAUUCCAUGAGCGCCAGUUGAAAGGAAAGGCUCUUUCACAGAAGAAGUAUAUCGGUGUGUGAAUGCUGCCUCUCACUAUGAACCUUCUUCAAGAGAUGAAAAGGCAAGAUCCAGAUUUCCCUGAUGUGAGUUCUGGGGUCUUUGUGUAUGAGGUGAUUCAGGGAACAGUUGCUGAAAGCUCUGGGUUAGACCACGAUGUAAUUGUCAGCAUAAAUGGGCAACCUGUUACCACCACAACUGAUGUUACUGAAGCUGUUAAGGACAAUGAUUCCCUUUCCAUCGUGGUUCGUCGAGGAAGUCAAACUUUGAUCCUGACAGUCACACCUGAAAUAAUUAAGUAUCCAGCUUUAAAGAGAAAUCAUCUAACAAAACCAAAGCUAUAUUACCUGGUCAACUAUUAG